AUGGCGGAUUUCCUACUUGAAUGUGAUGCUGAAGAUUUGGUGGAAGAUUAUAGUUGUUCCUUAUGGAAGCUCUUCGUGGAUGGCUCUUCGAAUCAAAUGGGGGCAGGGAUUGGAAUCCAAUUGCGAACACCAGAAGGAACUACGCUGAGCCAAGCGAUAAGACUUGAGUUCAACGCAACCAACAAUGAGGCAGAAUACGAGGCGUUGAUAGCUGGACUGAAGUUGGCUAAAGAACUGAAGAUCAAGAAUCUGAUUGCUUAUAGUGAUUCACAACUAGUCAUUCGGCAAGUCACUGGGGAAUAUGGGGCCAAGGAUAAGACCAUGGAAGCAUACCGAAUUGCGGUUCUGCGUGAGGCGAAAGGCUUUGAUCAGAUAAGGUUCAUCCAACUGCCAAGAGAGUAUAACGAAGAUGCCGACCGCUUGGCUUGUAGUGCAUCCAGUUCUGGAGAGACUUUGGCUAGGGUCAUCCCGGUUGACGUGCUGGUCCAACCUUUCAUUUUUGAUGAGUUGCCUAAUCCGAGCGCUCAACAUGUUAAUGUUAUACCAUAUGAGCCGAGCUGGAUUGAUCCGAUCAUGGCUUUCAUACGUAAUGGUGCACUCCCUGAGCAGAAGGACGAGGCAAGAAAAAUUAGGUUCAACGCCGCAAAGUAUGCCAUUGUGCGUGAUCAACUGUAUAGACGCUCCUUCUCGGGUCCAUAUUUGAAGUGUGCUAACCCAACAGAAGCUAAACAAAUUCUGCAAACCAUUCAUGAGGAAUGGGGGAUGGAUGUGGUUGGCCCUUUGCCGACUGCAAGAUCGCAGAAUAAGUACAUUCUGCUAGCAACUGAUUACUUCACCAAAUGGGUAGAAGCAGAGCCGUACCCCAGUGUCACUCAAACUCAAGUAAGACGCUUCAUCUGGAAUAAUAUUAUCUGUCGUUUUGGCGUACCAAGGUCAAUCGUGAUGGACAAUGGGACCAACCUCGAUAGCAAGCAAGUGAAAGAGCUGCUAGAAGAAUAUGGAAUCAACCAGAAGUUAGCAGCAGUCAAUCAUCCCCAAGCUAAUGGUCAAGCCGAAAUCACAAACAGGAUAAUAUUUGCCUGCAUUAAGAAAAAAACAACCCUAAGACGGCGGACCGGAGAAAGCCCGUUCGCUAUGGCAUACGGCACCGAGGCGGUGAUACCAGUUAAGCACUUGGUUCCAACUAUAAGGAGCUUGGCGUGGGAUGAAGAGCAGAAUGACAAAAUGCUAAGGUUUAACCUCGAUUUGCUGGAGGAAAAAAGGGAUACGGCAACAAUAAGGCUUGCCUCUUAUCAACAGACGCUUGUGAAUAGCCACAACAAGAAGGUAAGGCACAGAGACUUUGCUCUUGGCGAUCUGGUUCUGAAAAGGAAGGUGGGGAUAGUCAAAAAAGAUGUUCUCCCCAUGGGAAGGUCCAUACAGAAUAAUAGAGGUCAUAGGGAAGGGGGCGUACGUCCUAGAAACUAUGGCCGGAAGGAUAGUCAAUAA